GAUUUGAAAGCAUUGUGGAAGGCUUGUUUGGGCCAGGAAUAGUCAAGGAUAUUACUCUUUUCCAAGUCUCCGAGCCUGAGGAAGUGUCUGACUGGUCCUUCAAUGAAAACUGUCUCUUCUGCUGCUUGAGAAGUGAGAAAACCAAGGAGCACAGCGUGGAGAACGGUGGAGUCAGCCACGUGCUGUCAGUGUAUGAGGACCUCAAACAGGGCCAGUCUCAGAUCAGCCGGCUGGAGAGACAGGCCAGAGACUUCCUCAAUGCWGUGUUCCACAGAAAAGACCUCCCAGGUUUAUCGGACCCUCACAUUCCUCUAGUGGCUCGUGAGAUCAUGCAGCGAAUGAUCCACCAGUUCGCUGCCGAAUAUACCUCAAAAACAACUCAGGACAACCCACCCCUGCCCAACGGCACUACGAAGGACCAAAACCUGCCUAAAGCAGUGUCUCUGACUCUGGCCUCCAGCUCCCCAGCCGUGCCGCUGCCCAGCUCUCCUCUAUCGUCUGCCUCCUCCUCUCCUUCCACAACACCGGGAGUGGGCUUCAGCCCGACCUCUGCUGCUAUUGACUCAGCCCCCAAUUGCAUCCAGAGCAGCAAUAGCAAAGAAGGAGGGGGCACAGUCGCUGCCUCUGCACAGAACCCCGUCCUCAGUAAACUUCUCAUGGCCGACCAGGACAGCCCACUGGACCUCACUGUUAAAAAGAACCAGGCUGAUCCGGAGCCCAGUCAGCAAG